AUGAGCGAUGACCUCUUCGACAUCUUCAACAACGAUGCACCGCCGUGUGCGCCAGCUGAUGGGGCGGUGCUGGAGGUAGGAGAUGCAUCUGCGCCGUCGUCAGCCUUACUUGGUCCUCGGAAAGGCUCUCUGACCUCGACGAUUCCGUCGAUGCGCCUUGCUAACACCGACAGUAUUCCCACACUACCCUCCGCCACCUGCUCAUCGACAACACCAGCAGCGUCACCUCUGCUUCGGACUUUGCACCCAUCGUCUUCGGCACCUCCGGCACCACCUAGCGCGGCUACCGUAUCGGGCGCUUUGCUCUCUUCAAACUCUCUGCUGCAGCCGGCCUCUCUCCUCGAGCGUGGUACUGCCUUUUCAUUGCCGCGCAACAGCUGUUCGACGCCUUUGCUUCUACCAGCGAGCGCCACUGGCGGUGUCACGGUGAUCAAAGCUGUCUCCUCACCAUCUACAACUUCGACUGCGGAGAGCGGACUUCGAUUCCCUCACGGUGAUGAGGGCAGUACUGCGGCAAGAGACGACAUUGGCUCGAGACUCACACCCGCACCACCGCCAUCGGCGGUAAUCACGGAGCCGCUCAGUCGCAUCCGCGUUCGCCGUGCUACCGUCAGCCUUGAACAGUUCAGUGUGCGACUCGCUGAGUUUCCAUUCGCCUCGUUUGACCUGUUUCGCAGCAUGUCGCGCCGCAGCGACGAGGCGGUGGCCCGCACUUGUGUUGGUGUUGUCACGCGCAAGUCAGAUCCGAAGCAAGGCACGACGGCCACCCGCUCCUCCCGCUACGCUGUGUUGACACUUUGGAGCAUGGAAAGCAUCUCGCCAGCGCCAGAGACGGAACUCAGCUUUCUGCUCUGCGGCAGCGCUUUUGAUCUUCUUUACAGCCACUUGGUCAUUGGUGCAGUUGUGGCUCUGAGCAACGUUACACGGUGCGCGCGUCGAGGCUCUGCGCCGUCGCACGACGCCGACGAGGUACUGCUGCGCGUGGCGAAUAGCGAGGCUGUGCGCCAGCUGGGCUUCGCAGCGGACCUCGGCACGUGCGCGUCCGUGUCUUACAAGUCGAGGGAGCGCUGCCGCGCCAUGGUGAACACGCGGCGGUCACAACACUGCGUCUACCACGUCGCAGACCUUCGCAAGGCUGCGCGCGGCGGUGGCGCUGUAGACCAGGACCGUAACUUGGCACAUGGCUCGCGAGGCACCAGCGCAUCGUCUUUGGGAGCUUCGGCAUCUAUGAAGAGCAGUGCCCUCGCCACGUACCCUACCCUCUCUGGGGCGCAGCAGCGGCUCGCCGUUUCGGCAUCAGGAGGUAUUGCGCAGCGGUCAGCAGGCCACCACCCUGCAGGCGGUAGUAGCCGUGCGUCACACGGUAGUGGUACGGUGGCGAACAGCAGGCUGGCUGCUUCCCAGCAGAUGCUUCGGCAAACAUCAUUUUUUGCUGUGCACGGCGUCACCGGGCUGCCUGUUGAGGAUCCCGCUCUCCGAAGCGGUAUGAACUCAGCUGCCUCCGGUGUGUACGGCGGUGUGCAGGCUGGCUCACCCUUGGCUCUGCGGCAGCAUGUUGGUCUGCGUCCCGCCGCGAGCUACCCUUCAACGCAGGCACUUGGGGUGACGUCGCGUGGUCGUGAGGUGCUGGAAGCUGCCCGGCAGCAGGCCAUCCACCACGCGGAAGAAAAGCUUCUGCACCAAUCACUGCGCUGUGGGAGAGCCCCGAGCACUACAGGGGAGGGGCAGCCAAAUCAAGGACGUACUGGCGGCGCCGGUAGCAGCAGUGGUGACGCUUGUGGUGUGUCUUCCCGCGUCCCGAAUCACAGAGCCGAGGGUGUUCCCUCUUGCAAGAACACGAGAACGCCGUCGACCGCCGGGGUACCGAAGCGUGCGCGCAGGGAGCUAGCGCCGCCGUCUUCACUCGCACCCUUCAAGGAGAAUCUGAGCUCUGCGUGUUCUUCGGUGGCUUUCUCUGAACCCGCCACCUCAACAUCCAUCGCCGCCGCUGAGGCACCUGUAAGCGGGGUGGAUGGUGGUCGAGUGGAGGCACUGCGGCAACAGUUCCAGCCUCUGCGUCGCGGUGCACCGGCCCCCUUCACUCCUCUUACAAGUCACGGCGCCGUACACGCCGUCAUCACGUCGACGCGACAGAGGGACUACCGCCGCAGCGUUGUCAUGUCAGGCGUCGGCAGCACCGGUACUGGCGCCUCUGGAUCGCAGAACGCGUUAUUCCGUGCCGCGGCCAAAGCUGCGAAGGACCUCACCAGCAGCUCGAUAGACAGCACGAAGUCGCCCCCUAAGGUGUCCAUGGGUGCAUCAGCGAGGUUGCACGAUGCCGACGAGGACUCAGGAUCUGCUCUCACGCUGCUCGGCUCGUUGGCGGACGGCAUCCACAGUGCACAUGAUCACCUGCGCAGCGAAGCCGACCGGCAGCGGCUGUUCUCCUUUGUGGACAAGCAAAUCACAAAAGAGAAGGCCCUGGAGGCGCUGGAGGCGAUCACGGAGCAGCAGAUCAGGGCGCACUACUGCUAUGUGUGCCGCUGCUGGUACGGGCAGCCGCCGACGACGUGUGUAGAGCAGCUCCACCGUAUGGAGCUGAAGCCUGCACUAAAGAAAUACAUUAAGUGCGAGCACUGCAACUACAAGACGUUUGUAAUUGGUGGUGACGAGGCGAAGGGGUGGAAGGUAUACCCGCGCUGUCCGCGCUGCCAUCAGUCGAGCUUCUGGGUCCGCGGCGACGCGGCAUUGCGAGUCGCUGCUGUGGUGGAGGAGCCACCGCCAUGCUGA